GAGGGGCCCCACUGUGAGUUGAGGUGGGAGACUUGAGCUGCACAGAAGCUGACAUGGGGGCGGGGAGGUGAGAGCCUUAUAUGUCUGCCCAGAGCCAGUGGAAGCUGCUGCAGAGUUUCACUUUCUUGGGUUUCGUGGGCUACUUCCACACUUGGCAUGUUUCAGGGCCAUGGCCUGGAGUGGCAAGUGUGGCCCAUCUUCUAGGAGGAGAGGGCCCUGGGCCUGGCUCAGCUGCUCUCCACAGGACACAGAGCAGGGCCCCUGCGCUGGCUCAGGCUGGGGCACCGUCGUCGGGUCAAGGCUCGGCAAGCCAAGCCCUGCCCCGCCUUCCCUUCUCCAUCUGCUCCAGGCCCAUUUGUCACUUGCUCCCCCGACCUGCUCUCUCUGGAAUGAUCCAGCCAUCUUUGGGUCAGGGGGACACCUUCUGCACCAUCCUGUUGCUGGGCAGGUCACUGGGAGUCUGGCCCUCCAUCUCUGCUGCCUGUGUGUGUGGCCUGCCCAUCAGCCUCUUGGAGCCUCAGCUGUCCAUCAGUAAAGUGGACACACCUGCUGGCUCUUCCAGGGCGCUGGGGAAGGCCGCCUGUUUUGUCAUAGGAGUGUGUCUACCAGAUGGCCCCUCUUUGACGGUGUGCCCUCUGCUCCUGGGCCCAUCGACCAUCAUGAUCCAUGACGUGUGCCCAGCCUUCCUGGCCCCGGCAAAGGCUGCUGUGUCCGUCUUGGACAUCCAGGAGCCAUAGGUCCCCGUGGUAGACAAGGGUCAGGGUCAGCUUCCUGAUAUGGCUCCCUCUGCUGAUUCGUAGAAACCAGGAAGAUGAAGUGGCUGUGGGAGAUAUUUUCCCUGUGUCCUCCGCUUUUUCUCCUGGUUUCUGCAUCCACCACCGCCUUCAAGUUGCCACGAGCUCGUGCUGCUCUCUCUCACCGGUGGUUCUGUGUGCACAAUGCAGAGCAACCUGUGAGGUUGGACUUCUUCACUCCAGUCCACAUCAGCCAAGCUCAGCUAUUGUUCUUUAAGAGUGGGGAGCGUGAGGGGCUGGCCCCGUGGCCGAGUGGUUAAGUUCGCGCGCUCCGCUGCAGGCGGCCCAGUGUUUCGUUAGUUCGAAUCCUG